AUGGCCCGCCGUCUCCUUCUCGCCGCUGCAAUAAUAGGCUUGGUGGCUAUCAGCGUCCAAGCAGCUCCCAAGCCAAAGAAAUAUGAUCCCUGCGUCGCCCCACUUGCGGUGUGUGACUUCUUUUUCUACAACUUCAAGGAAGAAACGCCGGUGAUCAUUAUCAAUGCCGUCGCGACCGAGAAGGUCGCUUCCACUGCUCUCCGCCACGAGUCUGACAAGGCUGUGCAGACAGCAACCACCUCGGGAGCCUCUUGCAAAGUCAUAGGGGGUGGUUCUUGCGAUAACUACUUCUUUUUCCGCGCUCGCGGAGCUAGUGACGCGUACACCAAGUUCGUGAACCGUAACGACCGCCUGGGAAUCCGCCCUAUGCCCCAGGCCAAGAUCGACGAGCUCAACGGCAAGUGCAUCAAGGUGUACAUCGAAACCGCUAAGAUUAAGCUCGGCAAAGGCGUCAACGCAUCGAUAUGGCUGAACCCGAGCGACAACAAGCUAGCAUACCCUCAGGUGCGGUUAUGUUGGCGCUGA